GAGGGGUCUGUUGGAUUUGUUGGAUAUCAAUCAAUUGUCAUCAUUCACGAAAAUUGUAAACUCAGAGUCAGUUAAGACAAAUCAGGAACGUGGAAGCUGUAGAUACUCUUACUUCGCUUUCUCCAAUCGAAAGUCAACAUGCCUCUAUCAACCAUACACUCGGCGCCAGCGUUGGACUCUUUCACACCUCUAGUAGAACAUCAAACACAAACACCAAGCACAUUCUACGAUGCUAGACCUAUUUUACAUUAUCAUGCCAAAGCUGCGCGUGCAGUCGCCUAUGGAGAUUAUAUAAAAGAAUUGCCAUUUUUUGCAGAUGGUCCAGCACAGAGUUCAGAGGCAGCUGUUGUAGAGACAGUUGACGCCUAUAUUUCCACUGAGUAAUUGAAUGUCACUAUAUUCAAUAAUACUACCUCCGCUGGACUCGCAAUACCCUAUACUUCUAUAUCCUUACAUGCCACUCAACGUCUGCCUGAUCCUACAGAUGCAUCGAAAGGAGAGGUAACCGGGUUGUUCAUGCAAUUAGAGACACCUCCUCCAGCCGGAGAUGAUACGCCAUCAAUUAUCGAAUUGGUCCUUAUCCCCGCCGAAGCAGAUUCUACACAAACAUUAUAUGAAGCUUUAACGAACUGCUCAAAUCUCGUACCAGAUGAAGAAGACGAAGAUAUGGAAGGAGGUCCUGAACUUCAAUUCGAGGGUAAUGUUGGAUAUGAAGGUAUUAGCGGACUUCCAGGAGUACAACAAGGAGUUACGGAUGGUGGAUUACCGCCUCCAUUUCCAGGUAGUGGCGGCUGGAUCACAGCGGAGAAUGUUUCGGAAUAUUUUGACGCAGAUGGAAACUGGAUUGGGGGUGGAGAAUCUGUUGAAGUACUUGGUGAAGGCGCUGGAAGGGUAAGAGGACACGAUGAGGUUGACGGAGAGGCUGAAACGAAUGGCCACGAUGAGGGCGAUGAGGCUAGCAAACGUCCAAGGACCGAUUAAGGAGACAACUCUUUGGAUUUUUGCAGUUACGUAACAUGGUUCCAAGCCGACUGAGCCUAUUAUAUCACAUAUUCAGACGCCUCGAAAUUCCAUAAUUGAAGCCAAACCUCUAGGAAGGUCACUUUGGACAUUUUCGCUGAGCCAUUAACGUUCAUUGUCGGAGAAGAGCUAUGCAAAUAAAUACCCAUUUCGCUGCUUGGAGGAUUUCUUCAAGUAGCUAAAACCAUAUUAACACGACUAUGCGAUAGGCAAUAUAAAUCAAUAUAGCGCGCACA